AUGGCCUCGCAGGGCUCGGAUGCGAACAACCCCUCUGCUGUCUCUCGUAUAUUUGAUCAGGCGCUGGCUUCUACGUCUGGAUCUUCUGAGCAGCAGCAGCAGCAGCAGCCGUUGCUGGGCGCGAGCAGAUUCAGCAGCAACCAGGCCAGUGCAAACGGCAUCCAGCCACGGCCUCUAUUCCCAGCUACCCGUUUCGGCUCAGCCUCUCCUCCUUCAUCAGCCUACACAACCCCUCGCCAGCUCUCAGACUCGCCCGACGACGAGGACGAGGACGACGAAGACGACGACACGGCCGCAGACAUCAACGACGACGAGGAUGACUACGUAAAAGAUUCUCUCAACGAAUUCGACAACCUCUCGCAGGCCGACUCGAUCGUCGCCCGCCUGCCCACCGAGCUCGUCCUUCAGAUCUUUGCAUCCUACGACGAGCCGCGCUACCUCCGCAACGUCUUCUUUGUAUGCAAGGCCUGGGCUCGCUGCGCCGUCGAGCUGCUCUGGUACCGGCCCAAUCUCUCAUCGCCGUCCGUGCUCGUCCGUUUCCUCAAAACACUCAAAAAGCGCGAUACUGCAUUUUUCCCCUACGGCCGCUACGUGCGUAAGCUCAAUCUUACCCAGGUCGCCGACAACCUCUCGGAUCCGAUGAUGAUCUCGAUCGGCGAGUCCUGCCACGAGCUCGAGCGGCUCUCUCUUACGGCCUGUCGCCGGCUCUCAGACGCAUCCCUUGUGCCGGUCUUUGAGCAGAAUCCAAACCUCGUCACCCUCGAUCUCACAAACGUCGAACUGCUCCGAGACCCGACCGUGCUUGCGAUUGCCAAAUCUUGCAAGGGCUUGCAGGUCCUCAGUUUGGUCGGCUGCAAGGAGAUCACUGACGAGUCUGUAAUUGCACUUGCAAAGGGAUGUCCGUCACUGCGGAGGCUCAAGUUGGUAGACUGCAACCUGAUCACCGAUGCGUCUGUGCAGGCGAUUGCCCAACAUUGCAGGCAAAUGCUGGAGCUCGAUAUUCAAGGCUGCGCCAACGUCACAAACCAGUUGAUCACGAUGGCGAUGACCGAGCUCGGAAGCCUGCGCGAGUUCAAGCUUGGAUUCAACCCCCAGGUAUCAGAUGCUGCGUUUGCGGCGUUCCCGCUCGAUGGCCAGCUGCGGCUAGAUGCGCUGCGUGUUCUGGAUCUGACAUCGUGUGAGUCGGUCACCGAUCUCGCUGUUCAGAGAAUCAUCGAUGUUGCUCCAAAGUUGCGAAACCUUGUGCUUGCAAAGUGCCUCUUCAUCACCGACCGGAGUAUCGGCCAGAUUGUGCGUCUCGGACGAUCAUUGCAUUACUUGCAUCUAGGGCACUGCGCCAACAUCACAGACAUGGGCGUCAGCUUGCUCGUGCAGCACUGCACACGUAUUCGCUACAUCGAUCUUGGCUGCUGCUCGCUUCUGACAAACAAUGCGGUCGCUGAUCUGGCUACGUUGCCUAAGCUACGACGAGUGGGACUAGUAAAGUGCCAGAAUAUUACGGAUGCGGCGAUCAACUGUCUUGUUCAGCGGAAAAGCGUUGGCCUCGAAAACUCGCUUGAGAGAGUGCAUCUUUCAUAUUGCACUGGUUUGACGCUGCCGGCCAUAUUUGAUCUGUUGAACAGCUGCCCGAGGCUAACGCACUUAUCACUGACUGGAAUUCCAGCCUUCCUUCGACCCGAACUGACGCAGUACUGCCGCGAGCCGCCACAGGAAUUCAACUCGCACCAACAGUCUGUCUUUUGCGUGUUUAGCGGGCCCGGCGUGACCAAGCUUCGACAGCAUCUCAACCAAGUCGUGCGCGAUCAGCAUAGUUUGUAUCUGCGCAUGCAGCAGCAGCAGCAGCAGCAUCAGCAGCGGAUGGCGGCGAUUGGAAUUCCAGAUGCGCAGGGAGCGAUCAAUCCGGAGGGACAUCUGCUGCAGCUGCAACAGAUGCUGCAGACUCAGCAGAAUGUUGCUGGACAGAAUCAUCAAUUCUUGGUCGGCGGGAACGGGCUCCCUGAUCAUCAGCAUAUUCUACCUCAAGACGCGGAGAUCAUCCAACCGGAUGCGAUGCCUCAACUACAUCAUCCGACGUUUAAUUUCAACGCGCAGCCGGGAGUCGGAGUAGGGAUUCAGAAUCUGCCGGGUUUUGCACAGCAGCAGCAUGAAGUUGAAGAGGACGAGACGAUGGAAGAUGCUGCGAUAGAUGCAUCAUUGGACUAG